CUUCUACUCUUAAACUUGUAUAAAUUGAAAGUGAAUACCUUUAACAUUUUCUAGCCAUCAAUCUUUCUUCAUCCUAAAAAAGUGCAGCUUUCCUUCUGGAAGAAGAUGGCUUCUUCUCUUCUCAGAUUAACAAUUCUUCUUCUCGUAGUUUCCCCUUUGGUUUCUGCAGAAGAAUCAGUCCCUGAGCUGAAGUUGAAUUCCAACCUUCUCCAGGACUCAAUAAUUAAUUCAAUAAACGCAAACCCAAAGGCUGGAUGGAAAGCUGGCACGAAUGAGCAAUUUUCCGAUUACACGGUUGCCAAAUUCAAGAGCAUCUUAGGUGCUAGAAAAACCCCAGAGAGCGAAAAGAAGAAUAUCCCUCUCGUACAUCAUGAGAGGUCCUUGAACUUACCGGAGGAAUUCGAUGCUAGAACACACUGGCCUCAGUGCAGUACUAUCGGCAGAAUUCUUGACCAGGGCCACUGUGGUUCUUGUUGGGCAUUUGGUGCUGUUGAAUCUCUUUCAGACCGUUUCUGCAUUCAUUACGGCUUGAACAUCUCGUUAUCAGUCAAUGAUCUCUUGGCUUGCUGCGGGUUUUUGUGCGGAUCUGGAUGUAAUGGUGGAACACCCAUUUAUGCCUGGCGCUAUUUCGUUCACCAUGGUGUUGUCACAGAAGAGUGUGAUCCAUACUUUGACACCACUGGUUGCUCCCACCCUGGUUGUGAGCCUGGAUACCCUACUCCGAAAUGUGUGAGGAAAUGUGUGACAGGCAACCAACUCUGGCGACAAUCAAAGCAUUAUGGUGCAAAUGCCUACAGAGUAAGAAAAAAUACGUACCAAAUCAUGGCUGAACUCUACAAGAAUGGACCACUAGAGGUGGCUUUCGAUGUUUAUGAGGAUUUUGCUCAUUACAAAUCCGGGGUUUACAAGCAUCUAACAGGGGAGUACCUUGGAGGACAUGCUGUGAAGCUGAUUGGAUGGGGAACUUCAGCUGAAGGAGAAGACUAUUGGCUUGUUGCAAAUCAAUGGAACCGAAGUUGGGGUGAUGAUGGAUACUUUAAGAUAGCAAGAGGAACAAAUGAAUGUGGCAUUGAAGAAGAUGUUGUGGGUGGCAUGCCUUCUCCCAAAAACUUGUUUAAGGUGUCUGAUGAUGCAGCUGGUUAUGACUCUGCAUAAAUUUCAUGAUUAUUGCUCAGAGAUUGGCAUCUAUUUUUAGCUAAUUUCCAUUGAUGUUGGAAUAUGUAUACUAUUUCAAGCCUUUAUGCUUUAUUCACUGUUCUACAUUGUAAUCUCCUAUCUGGUUUACACAUUAUAGAUUUAAAAUAUCCCUGAAUAUAAUGAAUUUCUUUAUUUAAAA